AAAGGGCAGGACAGUCGAAUAUACAUAGUUAACGUUUCUUUAGAAAUUGAAUAACUUAAUAGGUUAUUGAUUUAUUUCUUUUAAAUAUUUGAAUAUACAGACAUAAAUAUACAUACAUAUGUAUGUACUUCAAAGUUCAUUGUGUUAAAAUUUACAUUUCUAUUAUUUUCCACUAUUAAUUUUAAAUUACAAAACAAAAGUUGAUAAAAAGAAAAAGAAAUAAGAUAAAAAAAAUAUGCAGAUUAAAAUUUUACAACCACUUUUAAUGUCAACAAGAUAUUUGCGUUAUGGCAAUCGUUCACCCGUAUAUCCAACGGCUGCAAACUCAUAUAGCGCCUCUCAUGGCCAGGCAACACCAAACGAGCAACACUUUUAUAAAACAACAAUACCAAUAAAUGAACAGCAACAGCACCACCACCAUCACCAUCAGCAAUGUAUUCAUAGUAAAUUCAAUGGAAAUGGCACACUUCAAACAGCUGAUCAUCAGCAGCAGCACAUAGAAACAACAGCUGCUAGUUGUGCCAGCUGUAGUGACCAGAGUAGUGCUGGUGUUGGUGCUGCUCUAAACAAAAGCUAUAGUGACGUCACAACUAAUACACAAUCUGGGGUUUCCUCACCAUCGCCAAAUAGUUGUCAUUGUAUGAACAAACAACAAGAACAACAACAUACGGGCCAUACAAAUGCGAACACCACCACUAUUAUGAAGUCUACUAUGCGCAAUACCAACCAAGCGAAUGGAAAUCAUACGACUACACCAGCAACAACAACAACGACUACUACCACCACCGUCGAAUAUGAGUUGUCGAACGGUGUUGCUAAGCUUUGUAAAAUCAGUACUAGUCGUAUCGCCGCCGAGCAACAACCCAUCCAGUCGCUAAACACAGUCAAUAGUGUUUUAAAUUAUUCCACAAACACCGCUGAAUCAUUGUCGGUUAAAGAAUUUCCAGAAAAGGAAAACGAUAAAGCUUCCAAUUUACCGCUUCUAACGCCGGCGGAUCUAAAGGAUUUAACACGAAAUGUUAAUGCUAUAAACGUCUUCAAUCAGAACUUACGUUAUACAUUCUCACAAUCUCAAUCGCCCUAUACAAAUCUACAACAACGCGCAAAUUUCACCAUGUCUUGUACAAAUAAUGGUUCCUUGAAUAAUGAUGCCCGAGAUCGUCUUGGUCUGUGGGGCAGUGGUGGUGACAACGAUGUACCCGGUAGUGUUUCCGGAUUGGAACGUUUGCAGAAAAAGAAAUAUAACAAGGGUCUUGCAUUUUCUCUAGAAGAACGCCAAGUGCUGGGUAUUCAGGGUCUUUUGCCAGCCAGAAUUAAAACCGAAGAGGAGCAAGUUCAGCACAGUUUGAUGUUGCUCGAUCGCUUGGAGAAUGAUUUGGACAAAUACAUGUAUUUGAAUAAUUUAGCCGAACGCAAUGAACGUUUAUUCUAUAAAGUCCUGUCAUCCGAUGUUGCUAAAAUGAUGCCCUUAGUCUAUACGCCUACAGUGGGUUUGGCCUGUCAAAAAUUCAGUCUAAUCUUUCAAUACCCCAAGGGAAUGUAUAUAACAAUUAAUGAUAAAGGACAUGUCUAUGAUGUUUUAAAGAAUUGGCCCGAAACAGAUGUUCGCGCUAUUGUUGUUACAGAUGGUGAACGUAUUUUGGGUUUGGGCGAUUUGGGUGCCAAUGGCAUGGGUAUACCUGUGGGUAAAUUAUCCCUAUACACAGCGUUAGCUGGCAUUAAGCCCCACCAAUGUCUACCCGUUACAUUAGAUGUUGGCACAAAUACAGAAAGUAUUUUAAAUGAUCCUCUUUAUAUUGGUUUGAGACACAAACGUGUUACUGGUCCAGCAUACGAUGAAUUCAUUGAAGAAUUUAUGACCUCUGCCGUACGUCGUUUUGGUCAAAAUUGCUUGAUACAAUUCGAAGAUUUCGCCAAUGCUAAUGCAUUCCGCUUGUUGGAAAAGUAUCGCCACGAUUAUUGUACGUUCAAUGAUGACAUACAAGGUACUGCCUCCGUAGCUGUGGGAGGUCUGUUGGCUUCACUGAAAAUCAAGAACACUCAACUGAAAGAGAACAAAAUUUUAUUCCUCGGUGCUGGAGAGGCGGCUCUGGGUAUUGCCAAUUUAUGUUUAAUGGCAUUGAUGAAAGAAGGCCUUUCCGCAGCUGAAGCUAAAGAAUGUAUUUGGAUGGUUGAUAGUAAGGGUUUGAUUGUUAAAAAUCGUCCAGCUGGUGGUAUAUCGGAGCACAAGCUGCACUUUGCCCAAGACUAUGAACCAAUCGAUACUCUGGCUGAGGCUGUUGAGAAGCUAAAGCCUUCGGUACUUAUUGGUGCAGCUGCCAUUGGCGGUGCUUUCACCAAGGAGAUACUUGAAAUGAUGGCCGAUUUCAAUGAAAUGCCCAUAAUAUUUGCACUAUCUAAUCCCACCAGCAAAGCCGAAUGUACAGCUGAACAGGCUUACACAUACACCAAAGGCAAAUGUAUUUUUGCCUCUGGUUCACCUUUCGAUCCCGUGGAAUACAAUGGCAAAACAUUCUAUCCAGGCCAGGGUAAUAAUUCCUAUAUAUUCCCGGGCGUUGCUUUGGGUGUUCUCUGUGCCGGUAUGUUGACCAUACCGGAAGAAGUGUUCCUGAUGUCAGCUGAACGCUUAGCAGAUCUAUGCGAACCUGAAGAUUUGGCUAAAGGCAGUCUGUAUCCACCACUAAGCAAAAUUACCGAAUGUUCUAUUGAAAUUGCCGCGUAUAUUUUGGAGUAUGCUUACAAGAAUGGCUUGGCAACUGUACGUCCAGAACCCGAAAACAAACGUGAAUUCAUUAAAUCGCAAAUGUACGAUUUAUCAUAUUCAUCAUCCAUACCAGAAGUCUAUGCCUGGAGUCAUAAACUUUAAAUCAUAUUUAUUAAUAACUAAAUAUUACUUAUAAACAAAAUUAUAAGUUAUGUGUGUGUAAAAAUUGUGUAAAUUAAAAAUAAUAUUAAAAUUUUAAUCAAAUUACAAAACUACAAUGCAAAAAAAAAGUCAAUAUGUAUUGAACUUACACUUCAUUAGAAACAUUUAACUCUAGAACGAGUAGUAUUGUUUUAUUUUUUCAUUAUUGUUUAGUUAUAAAAUACAAUUGAAAUGAUUUUAGUUUUUUUUUUAUUAUUAUUUGUAUUUCUUAUUAUGGUUAAUGACAACCUUAUCAUUCCAUUUAAGUUUAUUUUAUUUUAUCUUUUAAAUGCUAUUACUUACAAGUAUGUAGUUUAAUUACUUUUUAUUGUUGAAAUUAUUUGUUUUUUUUAUUUUUUUGCUAAUUUCAUUUAAAGGGAUGAUGAUGCUAUUUGAUAUUAAAUAAUUUAUUAGAAUAAAAUACAAA